CAUCGUGCAGACCAUGCAUCUCAGUGAAUUCAGUGUCGUGAUGCCUUGCCUCUGCCAUUUGUAACUCGUGCAGCGGACCUCCUGUUCACCUUCAUCUUGGAGAAUGACUUGGCUUACUGGACCUGCAGUGCUGUUACUAGGGACUUUGCAUGUGUUAUUUGCCCAGGACAAAGUUAGCUUAGAGGUUCGCUACGCAAAGGAAACCAUCAAUCCUUCCAGAGGCUCAUCGGUCAAACUGUCCUGCAAUGUGCAUUAUGACUAUAAGCAGUGCGGCCUCCUGCAUGCUGUAUGGUGUCAUAUCACGAAUCAAAUUGACGAGCUGACCGACCACAGAAAGUACUUCAGCACGGUAAACGAGACCACCAAGGAUGACAUCAUGAGACACCGACAGAUCGUGACGGAGAUUCUGGACCUGACUCCCGAGGACGAUGGUCGGUACCAAUGCAAGGCUGAAUGUCGCGCUGACACGGCGAUGGGACAUUUCAUCACCAUUACUGUCAAAGGUUGAUCAUCUGACUGAAUGAUGUUCACAAAUGAUUAAAAUAAAAAAUAAAAGUUCAGUGGACCAGGCGAUAUUCUUCAUCUCAAGACAAACCACAUCUUUCUUCUUUUCUAAGUAAAUUGAAUAUGAACAUACAGUUUGAGAAUGCUU